AGAAUUCACCUUGACCAACGUUCUUCUUUUCUUCUCCUUUAUUUGUAGAUGAAAGAGAAAAGAGGAGAAGCACUCAAAUCUGUUCGUUAGAGUCACCUCAGGCUCUUCUCAUUUUACCUACUUCAUUCCUAUUUCAUUCAUUCACGCAUAUAUAUAUAUAUAUAUUAGUUCAAGGUUUUUGUGUUUUCAUUUCUGCUGAUACCGCGCUGUCUUCACCUAUUUCGUUUACUUCACUUUAUCUUCUUAUUUUUCUUCUUCGUGUUUUCUCGUCCCAGGCACGGCAUUUUUCGUGUGCCCUGUGAUUAAAAAAGAGAAAGAAAGAAACACUCUCUUUACGGCAGUACUCAAGACUCGACCUCCACCACCCCACUUUGACUCCUGAGCGUUCGAGUUCAACAAGAGCCUCACCUCCUCCAAAAACACAGUAACAGCAACAGGAAAAGUCGAACCUAUUGAGCAGCUGCCCCCUUUUUUUUUUGAUAUUCCGACAUUCUUCAAAACGCCUUGCCUCUCUCCCUUUUUUUUUUUGGUUUUGUCUUUCUUCUGGCUUGCAACACAAAACUCCCUUUUAAAAAAAAGGUUACGUUUUGCGUUUCGUUGUUACUUUCUAGUAGCUUUUCAUUAUAUAGCUCUGUGUCUUCUCGACACUUCUUUCAAGGGCAAAAAAAAACCCUGUGCGUCUUUUUUUUCUUUAAUUAUUGAGCUUUGCCCCAAGUGGUGGUCGAUUUCGUACCUUGUCGUUUUGUUUCCAAACGAACGGUAAACAUCGCGUCUGUGCCAGCUCAACCAACAUUGGCAGAAUUCCUGCAAACAAUUUUUUUUGUAUCGAAAUCGCAGCGUGUCAGAGAAACUUUUAUUUGAAGUACUUCUCUCCAAUUGUGAUCGUCUUUCCAAAAAGGGGAAAAAAAUUGCUGACUGCGUUUCUCUCAGUGUCUAUUCAACAUCGCCGUUGCAGUGGCAUAUUAGAAAAUAUAAACCCGUCACUCUGAGCGAAUUCCUGCCUUCCCGAACGAUUCAUAUCAGCUUUCAGUGGAUCACGUGAAGGGGUUUGAAAGGCACUGUUUCUUCUUUUUAUUUCCCCCUGUUGUAUUGUGUAUAUAUUUAUUUAUAUCUCUUUGUUAAACAGGCGGUCACCUGCCAAUUUAAAAAACAUAAUCGACGGCACCACCUUUCUUUGUUCCUCAUUUGGUCAGCUAGUCGUUUGCCGCUGUCUGUGUAAAUUUCGCGGAUUAGUCGCAAAACUGGUUUCAUUUUUGGAGAGAGAGAGAAAAAAAGCAAAGCAGAGCGCGAAUCUUGUAUUGUUUGAGUGAGGAAACUUCUACGCUGAGCAGCAGCCUUUUUUUUUUUUCAAUCAAUACGUACUUAUCUACCUUCUUUUUUCAUUUUGAGGGGUUUAUUAUCUCCUCCGGUUGUAUGGUAGGCGUAACAAGGUGCUAUGCGUGUUAAACGUGUAAAAGCUAAACUUUAAGAUUUGUUUUUCGUGCCGCUGCUUUCGUCUACCAAAUUCGAGAACAUUCCUUUCUUUUUUCUGUUUGUCUCUUUUAAUGGUUUUAUCUAUUUAGACUGAAAGCGUCCUUUCUCUGCUUUCUUUGUUUCCAUUUCGUCUCCGCUCGGUAGUAGCUGAGCCUUUGAGAUCCUGUUGGACCCCUUCUGUUGCAUUAGCUUCGUUCAUCUGCUUCUUCUUUCUCGUUAGCGUAAACACCUACAAACGAAGAAAUAAGCAAGCAAGAAAUAACUGUGUGCGCUUCUGUUGUGUACACCACCCUCGUUUACCUUUUUUUUUCUAUUAUUAUUAUUGUAAACCUAACCUACCAAUUGUAAUGUCGGAGAGCCGUCACGGAGGUGGAGGAGGCGGUGGGGGCUCGUUCGCUCAGUCGCAGCAGCGAUUCGGCCCCUACCAAGUCGGUGACACAAUUGGCCGCGGCACGUUUGCCAAGGUGAAGAUCGGCUAUCACGAGUCGACCAAGGUGCGCGUGGCGCUGAAGAUUAUCUCACGCAAAGCCAUGGACAGCGAUGCGCACUCCGCCCUCAAGAUCAAGCGGGAGAUCAAAAUUAUGCGUGUGCUGCGCCACCCGCACAUCACACGCCUCUACGACGUCGUCAAGACAAAGCACGAUAUUGUGAUCGUGAUGGAGUACGUGUCGGGCGGUGAGCUGUUCGACUACAUCAGCCGCAAGGGUCGGCUAGACGAGCCCACUUCUCAGGCUCUCUUUCAACAGCUGACCGCUGCAGUGGCCUACUGCCACCGCUACCACGUGACCCACCGCGAUAUUAAGCCGGAGAAUAUUAUGAUGGAGCACGGCUCGCACAGCGUGAAGCUGAGCGACUUCGGCCUGUCCUCCAUCACUCACGACGGGCGCUUCUUUGAGACGAGCUGCGGUACGCCGAACUACGCCUCACCGGAGGUGGUCGGCGGGCGCCUCUACGGCGGACCGGAGGCGGAUGUUUGGAGCUGCGGCGUGGUGCUCUACGCCAUGCUGUGCGGCACGCUGCCCUUCGACGAUCAAAACAUCGGUGUCCUCUUCAAGAAAAUUCAAACCGCCGAUUACGCGAUGCCGUCGCACGUGUCCCCCCAGGCGCAGGACCUGCUGCGGCGUGUGCUGGUCGUCAACCCGCUCGAGCGGGCGACGAUGGAGCAGGUGAUGCAGCACCCCUGGUUGCGCCCCCACUACCCCCGCUACCUCCUUUCCCUCCACUACGAAGCCGUGGUGGACACCACCCGGUUUGCCAAGACGUACUACCUGACCGAGGAUAUGCUGGAUGAGGAGGUGGUGAACGUCAUCGCAUCGCGCUUCCACAUCUCCCCACAGGAGGUCGCCACGAUUGUGAUGGCGGAGGAGGAGAAGAUGCCGUCGAUGCGGGCGGUGAUCAGUGAGGAUGAUACGCACCAGAUGACGACCCGUCGCUACCCCGCCGCGGCCUACUUUGAAAUGUACGCGAACGUGUUAGACUCGAAGCUGUGGCCCACGCCAGUGGAGAUCCUGCCGGCUGAGAUCGCCCUGCGUGAUGAGGCGCACGACGUCUACGUGUCGUAUGGUAUUCUGACCCAGAAGAAGCAGAAUAAGCUGGCUCCGCAGGCGUACAUGAUCAACACCUCCUUUGGCGACAGCGCGAGCUCCUUGUUGCUGUCGCAAGCCCAGCAAGGUUACGGGUCACUGAACGCGAACUCGCUGCACCAGCUCUCCGGCAACUCUAGCAUCACCGGCAACAGCUUGAAGGAGGUCGCGUUAAGGCCGCGUGGGUCGUCCAGUUCCAAGAAGUCGAAGGGACACACGGAAAAGAUGCCGCAGAACAUCCCGCAGCAAGGCACGCUGGACGCAACCCUGCCCGUGACCUUCCCCGGUGAUCCAUGGCAGGCGGGCUACAACCGAGUCGCCGCCCCUUUCCUACCGCUGCAUGUGAAAGGUGCGACACACACAAUGAUGGGCCACCUGUUGAACGUGCGGGAGCUGCCGGUGCAGCUGCUCAUGUCGCGCAGCCUCACGGUGAGAGCGGUGGCUAAGGAUGCGAACAGCACCCUUUCCGUGUCGAAUCAGUCACCUUCGAACUGCGAGCGUAGCAGCGAGGUGCCGCCGUUCCCCACGACGGUUCCAACACCGCAAGGCACUCUCCUCCAACCGCAGUGGUCGCUCUCCGCUAAGUCGGGCGCGUCUGGCGGACCAACGCUGUUGCACCCGCAUUCGCGUGGGGAGAUGUCGAAAGGAAGCCCAAUGCGUUCGCCGACGGCCGCCACCGCCGCUUCUCCGACCAGCACGGCAGGCUCCAACGUGCAUCACCACAACACGAAUCAGGCGGCGAAUGAGACGGCGCUGGAGACGCUCUACCUCACCGAGGUGGUCACCCGCUUCGGCAACGACUUCAUCCGCAACGGUGUCGCCUUUGUUGGUUGCACCCCGCACGAGACGUUGAAGGUGGUGUACAGUGCAAUGCGGGAAGAGGGCCUGUUGUGGAAGGUGAUCUACGACUACUACUUCUCCGCGGUGCGUUACCCCAACAUUAAGCUACAGGUGAAGGUGUACAAGGUGAAGGCGGAUGAGCACAUUGUCGAUGUGAAGGUGUCCGCGCAGAGCGGCACGUCUGGGUACGACGCAGCGAUUGGGCUGCUGGAGCGACUGCGCACCCGCGCCGUGGUGAUGCGCAACCACAACGUGCACAAGAAGACUAGCAGUCUCCUCCAGGCGCUGAAGUCUGUCACCGCGCCACAGAGCUCACCUUCUUCGAAAGGAAAGUAG